UUUGCCUGAAGCUUCCGAAAAAGAAAAUAAAAAAUUAGGUGUAUAGAAACUAAAUAAAGAAAAAGUUCAAGUUGCAAAAUAUUUCAGGAGAAAUAAUUUUAAAUGUGAGCGCAACUUACGUGCAGCUGUUUGAAUAACAGCAGCUUAUCAGAAAAUAAGGCUGGAAUAAAGUCGACUAAUUUUGUGAAAAGGAUAUAAUUUUUGAUCUGAAUAAAUGUACAAAGACAUUGGAAAGCAAAGGUAGACUGUUAUAAAUGGAACAUGGCUACCAAAGAAUCAUUUCGUGAAAGACAAAUGCAAGAAUUGGAAGCUAUCAAGUCCAUUUUCGGCAAUGAUGUAGAGGAUUUAAGACCGGACAUUAAGAAUACCACACCUUCGCAAUGGAAACCCACUGACAUACGUAUUAUGCUAACGCCGUUGAGGGACUCUUCUGGGUCAUCGGAGGUUUAUGUUAGAACAAAACUACAUAUAAUCUGCCCGUCGAAGUAUCCCAAAGUGGCACCAAAAAUAUUUCUUGAAGAUACUAAAGGAAUUUCUGAUCAACUGAUUGAAGAACUUUUAAUGGAACUACAGCAACAAUCGCUUAUGUUGCGCGGUGAGGUAAUGAUCUUUGAGUUAGCUCAGUCGGUGCAAGCUUUUCUAUUAAAACAUAAUAAGCCACCCCGCGGUUCUUUUUACGACGAAAUGCUGCAACAAAAACAACAACGAGAACAAGAACUUUUGGAUUUACAAAAACAACGUGAAACUUUAGAAAGACAAAAUCGUAUUGAUGAAGUCGAGAAACGUAAAGAAAUGUUUAAAUCGGAGGCGAAGCGUAGGGAACCACGGCGCAGUAUGAGUGAAUCAAAUCGGCAUGCUAGCUCUUCUGAAAGCUCCGAAAAUUCUUCGCCCUUUCAUAGGGGAUAUAUGUACCCAACAAAAUGUGCAGAACAUCGUAAUAGUGAUAAUUUAUAUUUUCAUAAGGUCGGUCGUCAAAUCAGAAGGGGAUGCUGCUUGGGACACUCUCAAAAGGGCUGCAUAGCUUACACCGGCAUAGAUAUGGAUUCUGGCCAGUUAUUAUAUAUUACUGAAUGGAAUAUUAAAUAUUCUCAAAUCGAACAGCAUUGCGCUAAUGGAGGUGGAAAAUGUUUUUGGCUUUCUUCGGAACACAAAUGUUCUGGGAAUCACCGUGUUGAUGAUGUUAUAGCUUCCAUAGAAAAACAAGUGGCUUCCUUGUCUCAGCUCCACCAUAAAAACCUCAUCCAAUACGAAUGUGUGCACUGCAUUAAACGCAAAGAAGGGCUGCUCAUAUAUUUGGUGCAGGAUUUUGUUUUGGGUACAAGCGUUUUUAGCAUUUCCUCUUCACUGGGCUGGUGUAUGGACGGUGUAAGAGGGUUGGCAAAGGGGAUUUUAGACGCUUUAGUAUUUUUACAUAACAGAGGUGUUUCACAUAGUCAUUUGUUGGACUCGACUGUAUUCAUGGACAAUACUGGCACCAUAAGAUGUUCAGAUUUUUCUUUGGUACCAAAUCUCUUGGAGCUUAUAGGUGGCUCAGGGGAAAGAUCGACGCAAGGUGAUUUACCAGCGCUAGGAGCUUUGAUUGACAGUCUUAUGACAACACGUACCUUUGAAAUGAGAGAUUUCGUGGAAAAAUGCAAUUCAGAUCGCACUUUAUCAGCCUCUGAGCUAUUGGAACAUCCUUUUCUACGGUCCUCUUUAUUUAACAAUGAAGAAAAAGAAAAUGUUUUAUUAGCGAAGGCUUCAGUAAAUCUUAAUACUCAACUUAAAUUAAAGACGAACGCACUGCCUCCCCUGAACAUAAUACAACGUCAAGAGACAUUAGCAGUUGCACCCUUGACUAUACCUUCAUUGCCAUCUAGUCAAUCGCGUUUGCGUACUGAAUUUGAGGUUCUGAUGUAUUUAGGUAAAGGGGCUUUCGGUGAUGUUUUAAAGGUGCGCAAUAUACUAGAUAAUCGAGAGUACGCCAUAAAACGAAUACCGUUACCCGCGCGUAGCAGACAAUUGUACAAGAAAAUGACACGAGAAGUGGAGCUAUUAUCGCGCUUAAACCACGAGAAUGUGGUACGUUACUUUAACAGUUGGAUUGAAAGUGUAAAUGAAGAGGACAUGAAAGAAAUGGACCACCUGUUGGCAGGUGACUGGUCGCUAAGUCAUGAGAGCAUUAAGCCUCCAAAGUCUCCACGCGCUUUAAAAUCAGAGGAAAUGGAUACUGGAGAUUCCUCUAGUCUCUGGAAUGACUACAUGCCUAGCAUGGAUUCUGAUUCCGAUGGUAUUGAAUUUGUUGACUCUAAUGGCGAAAUUGCUGUGUACGACGACGAAGACAAAGAUGAUAUGGCAGACUGUGAUUUAACUUCGAAAGCAAUAUCACCUAAACCACUAAUGCAAAUUAUGUACAUUCAAAUGGAAUUUUGUGAGAAGUGCACUCUACGCACUGCUAUCGACGAUAAUUUAUUUCAAAAUACUGACCGGUUAUGGCGAUUGUUCCGCGAAAUUGCCGAAGGUCUCUCGCACAUCCAUCAGCAAGGAAUCAUACAUCGCGAUUUAAAGCCGGUUAAUAUAUUUUUAGAUUCCCAUGAUCAGAUAAAAAUCGGCGAUUUCGGUUUAGCCACAACUAGUUUUUUGGCCUUGCAAUCACACGUUGAGUCCAUGCAACCAACGCAAACGUCGCACAUUACCUCCACUGAAGAUGGCACUGGUACUGGUAAAGUUGGAACGACAUUAUACGUAGCUCCAGAAUUGACAGGAAACGCAUCAAAAUCAACUUAUAAUCAAAAGGUAGAUAUGUACACAUUAGGCAUAAUAUUAUUUGAAAUGAGUCAGCCACCCUUCGCGACAAGUAUGGAAAGAGCGCAGACAAUAAUUAAUUUACGUAGCCCAAACAUAAUUGCACCCAAUGCAAUGAUAAACGACAGCAAAUUAGAAAAAACUAUUAAGCUUUUGCGUUGGUUGUUAAACCAUGAUCCAGCGCAAAGACCAACGGCCGAAGAGCUGUUAGCUUCUGAUCUGGUGCCUCCAGCUCAAUUAGAGGCCAGCGAAUUACAAGAAAUGCUAAAGAAUGCUCUCGCCAAUCCGCAGAGCAAAGCUUACAAACAUAUUGUGGCCCGCUGUUUCCAACAAGAAAGCGAUGAAAUACUUGAACAUACUUAUCACCUGGGUGCUAGUCGUAGCAUGAAAUCGUGGAAUAAUCCUAUUGUAUUGGAUUGUUUGAUUACUUUAAGUCCACUUAUGGAAUUUGUCAAAGCUAAAGUAGUAUCAAUCUUCCGAAAGCAUGGAGCGAUUGAAAUUGAUACACCUCUACUGUCGCCGCUUACCCGUCACACCAACCAUCACUGGUGCAAUCCCGUACGUCUAAUGACUCACUCCGGCUGUGUAGUAGUACUACCAAGUGAUCUGCGUUCCCAAUUUGCUCGACAUGUGGCCAUGAGUGGGAUUAACAUGAUGAGACGUUAUUGCGUGGGUCGAGUAUACCGAGAGGAGAAAGUUUUCAAUUUCCAUCCCAAACAGAAUUACGAAUGUGCUUUCGACGUCAUCUCACCACAUUCCGCCAGUCAUUUAGUUGAUGCUGAACUUUUAUCUUUGGCUAAUGAAAUUCUUAUCGAUAGUCCCCACUUGCGAGAAAAGAACGUUUUGAUACGCAUGAACCACACUAAUCUUUUGAAAGCAAUUCUGUUAUAUUGCAAUGUACCCAAAGCCAUGUAUAGCGAUUUGUUCGCCAAUAUAUUGGACUUCAUUGAGGGACGUAUAUCAAAGUUCCAAUUCCAUUCGAGUAUAAACGUUAUCAUGGAAAAAACUCGUUGUUCAGCAACAGCUUUAAUGGACUUGCUGUUAGCCAGCUUUCAAGUAAGUGGUAAAAACAGUGGUGACGAUUCUUCUUUAAAGUCUUUGGUAAGAGGUAAAGGGGAAGCGGCUUCUUUAGCUAAAGGCGCUUUAAGAGAAAUAGAGACGGUUGUAUUAUUGGCACAAAGCCUGGGAGUGAAAUUUCCCAUCCAUGUUUUUGCUGGCCUCCCAAUCAGUUAUGAACGCGCCAGUAAUGGCGGCAUUGUCUGGCAGCUUAUAGCAGAUCUAAAACCAAAUCGCUCUUCACGUCCUGCGGUUCUGGCAGUAGGCGAACGCUACGACGGUAUGUUAAAUGAAUUUCAAAAGCAGGCUCAAGCUUUUAACACAAAUGUCGCUGCGAAUCGCAAUAUAAGUGGUGCCGGCUUAUCGUUCUCACUUGAUAAAUUAGUUCUGGCAAUUGGCGCAGAAGACUCACGUAAAUGUCGUACAAUUGAUGUGGCUGUGUGCGUGAGUGGAUCUCGUCCACCUCUGAAAGAUGUGACAUAUAUAAUGCAUUUACUUUGGACUGUGGGCAUACCGUGCUCUUUCGUCGAAUCUAUUACAGGUGGAAGUGACGAAGCACAAGAUUUUGCUAAAUUGGGCGUUAAUCAUAUAAUAUUAGUAGCAGAAAACGGUGCCUUACGCAUACGUUCAUGGGACCGAGAACGUUUCCAAGAACGUCAAGUAACACGUACCGAAUUGGUAGAUUUCAUACAGAAGAUACGACGCAAUGAAAUGAUGUCACCUCCUUUCCAUGAGUAUUGCCCACAGUUAUCGCACGGUGGUGGAAAUGCCAACAGCAUUGGCGCAAGCGGUGGCAGUAAUGUAAGUCAUGGCAGUUUAAGUGGGAGAGGAGAUAGUGCUUUAAAUACCAGCUCUGCAUGUACAAAUAUUAAAAAUUUUCAUAAUUCAAGCUUGAGUAAUUUACCGAGUAUUCAAGUAACAUUUAUGACCCAUGACAAGUUGACGUCCAACUAUAGAAGACGUUACGAGAAUCAGGCUCAAUCUGUUAGUAAUAAUAAAAUUGGAGAAAAGAUAAAUGAAAUUUAAGCAAAUAUUUGCAUAAAAUUUGCAAAUUGCAUCAACAACACAUUUUCAAAGAUAUUCAAGAUUCGUAACUAAAAGUUUGUUGUUUCACUUAAGAGAAAAAUGUCUACUUAACGAUGGAUUAAAGUGCAUUUUAUGUAUGAACGAAUACAGAAAACUCUUUUCGCAUUUGUUAUACACAUAUUGAUAAAAUAUUUUUACAACGGCAUCAGCAUUAACAUCAGCAAAAAUCAGCAAAAUUCUAUCGUUAUUAGAGAUCGAGAACCCACAACGCACACAAAGUAAAAUAAGAGCAGGAGGUAAGUAAAUUAUUAAAGAAAUUUUUGUUAUAUAAAUACUGGCGAGGGCUGUAUUCAAGUUUGCCAUUUGUUUUUCGUAAUGGGAGAAAACUACCCAAAGUUAAGCUGAAGAAAUUUUAUUUUCUCAAACAAAUUGAAAUGUUUUUGAUGCAAGUCUAGAUAAAUAUAUCUUCCUCUUUUGAUGAAUUUUAAUUCGUUUAAGUGUUAGGUAAAAAUAAGCGAAGAAAUUUAAAACAUGUAAAUAAUCAACAAGCACACCUACAUACAUACAUACAUACAUAUAUAUAUAU